AGCAUUAAUAAUUCACAGAAACAAUUCUCUUUCAUUUUCUUUCUAUUUCUUCAUCUUAUAAUUACCACAAAGUUUGUGAUUACUUUUUCAGAUCAACAUCCAUGGCAUCUUCUUCUUCUAUUGUGAGUGAUUCACAAUACUGUCCUCGAUGGAAGUACGAUGUCUUUCUAAGUUUUAGAGGUAAAGAUACCCGUAAGAAAUUUAUGGGUCACUUGUAUGAAGGUUUGAAAAACAUGGGAAUAUUUGCCUUUCAAGAUGAUAAACGGCUAGAGCAAGGCGAUUCCAUCUCAGAAGAACUCUUGAAAGCUAUCGAAGAGUCUCAAGUUGCACUCGUCGUUUUCUCAAGGAAUUAUGCAACAUCAAGAUGGUGCUUGAAUGAACUAGUGAAGAUCAUGGAAUGCAAGGAGGAAGAAAAUGGACAAACAGUCAUACCGAUCUUCUAUGAUGUGGAUCCAUCACAUGUUCGAUACCAAAGAGAGAGUUUUGCAGAAGCAUUUGCCAAACAUGAAUCGAGGUAUGAGGAUGAUGUUGAGGGGAUGCAGAAGGUGCAAGCAUGGAGAACUGCCUUAACUGCUGCCGCAAAUCUAAAAGGAUAUGAUAUCCAUGAUGGGAUUGAAUCAGAGUGUAUUCAACAUAUUGUUGACCAAGUUUCGUCCAAAUUAUGCAAGGCUUCAGUAUCUUAUUUGCGAAAUGUUGUGGGAAUAGAUACUCAUUUAGAGAAAGUAAAAUCCUUACUAGAGAUGGAAAUCAGUGAUGUUCGGAUUGUGGGGAUCUGGGGAAUGGGAGGAGUUGGUAAAACGACAAUAGCAAGGGCUAUUUUCGAUACAAACAUGAAUCAAUUUGAUGGUGCUUGUUUUCUUGCGGAUAUUAAAGAAAACAAAUCUGGAAUGCAUUCUUUGCAAAAUAUCCUUCUCUCAGAGCUGUUGAGGAAAAACGAUAAUUAUGUGAAUAAUAAGGAAGAUGGAAAGCACAUGAUAGCUCGUAGACUUCGAUUUAAGAAAGUUUUAGUUGUUCUUGAUGACAUAGAUCACAAUGAUCAUUUGGAUAACUUAGCAGGGGAUCUUGAUUGGUUUGGCAAGGGCAGUAGGAUUAUUGCAACAACUAGAGAUAAGCAUUUGAUAGGAAAGAAUGAUGUAGUAUAUGAAGUGACUACACUACUUGACCAUGAUGCUAUUAAAUUGUUCCAUCAAUAUGCUUUCAAAGAAGAAGCUCCAGGUGAAUGUUUUGAGAAGCUCUCAUUGGAGGUUGUAAGUCAUGCUCAAGGCCUUCCUUUAGCCCUAAAAGUGUGGGGUUCUUUCUUACAUAAUAGAGGGACAUAACUGUGUGGAGAAGUGCUAUAGAACAAAUGAAAAUGAACUCUAAAUAAGAAAUCGUUGAAAAUCUCAAAAUUAGCUAUGAUGGACUGGAGAUCACACAACAAGACAUAUUUCUAGAUAUAGCAUGCUUCCUACGAGGGAAUAAAAAAGAUUACAUCAUGUCAAUUCUUGAGAGCUGUUAUUUUGGAGUAAAUAUUGAAUUGAGUGUCCUAAUUGACAAAUCUCUUGUGUUCAUCUCUGACAACAAUAUAGUUCAAAUUAGGGGUGUACAUGGACCAGGUUGAUUCAGAUUUUUUACAAAUCGAACCAAACCAUUUAUGUCGGGUUAUUAAAUCUAUAAACCAAACCAAA